AUGCAGUUCUAUUCGGCAGUCCUUGUUGUGAUCGGUAUUGUUGGGGUGUUUGCAAUGGAAAGUGGCGUACAUCAACUGCCAAUUCAGAUGAUCGGUGAUCUUGAGCAGGAUCUACGACCGUUAGUGGUUGAUUCAAACCAGCUGUCUACGGAUGGAUAUGACGUCUACCCCGGACAGUUCCCGUACCAAGCUCGGUUGUUUACUGAGCGCGAAGGUUUAGGUGGUACUGCCCUGACUGACGGGUCCCUCAUCACACCGAAUUACAUCCUCACGAGAGCAGGGGCCAGAAAUUUAACCUCUUAUGGAUAUGCAAUUUUGGGUAUCGGCGAUGGAAGCAGCAAAGAAACUCAGCAGAAAAUCAACUUCUCCCGAAAUGCUACGCAGCUACAUCCCACUCGUAACAUCGCUACAGUUCGUCUAGAUCAUCCAGUUACCUUCACCAAGUAUGUGCAGCCAAUUCGUUUGCCCAGACUAUCCGACUCCCGCACAUAUGAGAUGAUGGAAGGCACCAACGUUGGAAGUACUUCCGGACCACUGUUUUAUUUGCGUAAUCAGAUAAUGUCGAACGAUGGUUGUGAUGAACAACAUCCUCAUGCGUCCAUUUAUUCAUAUCAUAUCUGCACGAAUACAUACGUAGGAGGAUCUUUCUGUACUAGAAGGUACGGUUCUGGGUUGAUCGUUAAGGAUGAGAAUGGGCCAAUACUGGUUGGAGUUACGUCUUUGGUUGAUGGGUGCGCUGUGAACUAUCCAAACGUUUAUUUACGCGUUUCGGACUAUCGAGACUGGAUUAGCAUGAACUCGGAUUAUGUGUUUGAUUUUUAA